GCGAGGAGAUCCUGGCCGCUCCGCCAGCACUUGCCGCAGCUGCCGCCGCUCCCACCCACGAUCGCAGCCCAGCAGCUGGGAAACGUCCCCCCCCCGCCGCAGACUGGGCUGCGCAGCGUGGGAGGGUUAGCGGUCCCGGAGGACCGAUUCCGAACUUGCAAGGGGACCGCGGCUCUCCCGGGCCUGGACAGUAUGAACAGGAUUGCUGAUUUGCAAUGAUAUGGUGAAACCAAGGGCUGGAACCAAAAAGAUCUUCUCAGCUCUUUAGUUUGAACCACAGUGAAUUGUCUACCAGCAGCCGGCAUGGCUAAAAGUUCAGAGGUCAAACUGGCAAUAUUUGGGAGAGCAGGCGUGGGCAAGUCAGCUCUUGUAGUGAGAUUUCUGACCAAACGGUUCAUCUGGGAAUAUGAUCCCACCCUCGAAUCAACCUACCGACACCAAGCAACCGUUGAUGAUGAAGUUGUCACCAUGGAGAUACUAGAUACUGCUGGCCAGGAAGACACCAUUCAGAGGGAAGGACACAUGCGAUGGGGGGAAGGCUUUGUGCUGGUCUAUGAUGUUACUGACCGAGGAAGUUUUGAGGAAGUGCUGCCACUUAAGAACACCCUGGAUGAGAUCAAAAAGCCCAAGAAUGUGACUCUCAUCUUGGUUGGAAACAAAGCUGACUUGGACCACUCCAGACAGGUUAGUACAGAAGAAGGGGAGAAGCUGGCCACAGAAUUGGCAUGUGCUUUUUAUGAGUGUUCUGCCUGUACCGGGGAAGGGAACAUCACCGAGAUAUUCUACGAGCUGUGUAGAGAGGUACGUCGCCGGAGGAUGGUCCAGGGCAAGACGAGGCGACGCAGCUCCACCACGCACGUCAAGCAAGCCAUUAACAAGAUGCUCACCAAAAUCAGCAGUUAGGCAGCUCUGUUCUUGUGAAGGCCCUGCUCAGGUGGGUUGGGUAAUUGGAAACACUUUCUUGCCCUUUUUCCCUUUUCCCCCCUCAAAUAAAAGAAAAUACUCCAUUCCUUGUUCUGACUCUGGGAAACAUCUGGGCUUCCCACUGGUCCCAGCCUCCCAUAUGUUGGGAAGUUAUAGUGUUUUAAUGCAAUUUCAGUGCUGACAAUCUCUCUUUUGCCUGCUUGAAUAAAAUAUGCUCUAUUGCAG